AUGGUUUCAAAAUCAUAUUCAAAUCUGCUAGACAUGACCUCUGGAGAUGGAUUUGACUUUCGACAACCUUUUAAGUCUCUUCCUCGUGUUGUAACUUCUCCUGGCAUUAUAUCUGAUCCUGAUUGGGAUACAAUAAGUGAUGGUGAUUCAGUUGGUUCAACAUCUUCUACCGAGAGGAAAAUAAUUGUUGCCAACUUCCUUCCUCUGAACUGUACAAGAGAUGAAACUGGGAAGCUGUCCUUCUCAUUGGAUCAUGAUGCACUACUCAUGCAACUUAAAGAUGGUUUUUCAAAUGAGACUGACGCUGUGUAUGUGGGCAGUUUGAAAGUUCAGGUAGAUCCCAGUGAGCAGGACCAAGUUGCACAGAAGCUUCUUAGAGAAUAUCGAUGCAUACCGACUUUUCUCCCAUCUGACCUGCAGCAGCAGUUCUAUCAUGGCUUCUGUAAACAACAAUUAUGGCCACUUUUUCAUUAUAUGCUUCCAAUUUGCCUAGACAAGGGUGAGCUAUUUGAUCGCAACCUAUUUCAAGCCUAUGUCCGAGCCAACAAACUUUUUGCAGAUAAAGUUAUGGAAACAAUCAAUACAGAUGAUGAUUGUGUCUGGGUUCAUGAUUAUCAUCUCAUGCUGCUCCCUACAUUCUUGAGGAAGAGGUUACACCGAAUAAAGAUUGGUUUCUUCCUUCACAGCCCUUUUCCCUCCUCAGAAAUCUACAGGACUCUGCCUGUAAGGGAUGAAAUCCUGAAGUCACUGCUUAAUGCUGAUCUCAUUGGUUUCCAAACAUUUGACUAUGCUCGCCACUUCCUAUCUUGCUGUAGCAGAUUGCUAGGCCUGCAUUAUGAGUCAAAACGUGGUUACAUUGGAAUAGAGUAUUUUGGCCGAACAGUGAGUCUGAAGAUCCUUUCUGUAGGUGUCCAUGUUGGUCGGCUUGAAUCUGUCUUAAAGUUGCCUGCUACAAUUAGUAAGGUUCAAGAAAUUGAACAAAGUUAUAAGGGCAAGAUACUCAUGUUAGGUGUAGAUGACAUGGACAUCUUCAAAGGAAUAAGUCUGAAAUUGCUUGGACUGGAGCUUCUUCUGGACAGAAACCCAAAGCUUAGAGAGAAGGUUGUCCUUGUACAAAUCAUCAAUCCAGCAAGAAGCACAGGGAAGGAUGUGCAAGAAGCUAUUACAGAAGCUGUAUCUGUGGCUGAAAGGAUUAAUACAAAGUAUGGUUCUUCAAGUUACAAGCCUGUCGUCCUAAUUGAUCACCGCAUACCAUUUUAUGAAAAGAUUGCAUUCUAUGCUGCGGCUGAUUGUUGUAUCGUAAAUGCUGUGAGGGAUGGCAUGAACUUAGUACCAUAUGAGUAUACUGUUUGCCGACAGGGAAAUGAGGAGAUUGAUAAACUCAGGUGUCUUGACAAAGACACCCAUCACACAAGCACACUUAUUGUUUCGGAGUUUGUGGGUUGCUCCCCAUCUCUUAGUGGUGCUUUCAGGGUAAAUCCCUGGAGUGUCGAUGAUGUGGCGGAUGCCUUGUGCCGCGCAACUGAUUUGACUGAAUCUGAGAAACGGCUGCGGCAUGAAAAGCAUUAUCGCUAUGUCAGUACUCAUGAUGUUGCUUACUGGGCACGCAGCUUUGCUCAAGAUCUGGAAAGAGCAUGCAAAGAUCAUUACAGCCGAAGGUGUUGGGCUAUUGGGUUCGGUCUGAAUUUUAGAGUUAUUGCUCUUUCUCCUGGCUUCAGAAAGCUGUCUUUGGAGCACUUUGUUUCUUCUUAUAACAAGGCUUCUAGAAGAGCAAUAUUUCUUGAUUACGACGGCACACUUGUGGCCCAGUCAUCAAUCAACAAAGCUCCAAGUGAAGAACUCAUUUCCAUUCUUAACACCUUAUGUAAUGACCCAAAGAACGUUGUAUUUAUAGUAAGUGGACGAGGACGUGAUUCCCUUGACGAGUGGUUUUCUCCAUGUGAGAAGCUUGGUGUAGCUGCAGAACAUGGCUAUUUUAUCAGAUGGAGCAAGGAAGCUGCAUGGGAGUCAAGCUAUUCAAGUCCGCAGCAAGAAUGGAAGCACAUUGCUGAACCUAUCAUGCAGGUAUACACAGAGACAACAGAUGGAUCUUCAAUCGAGUCAAAGGAAAACGCUCUAGUAUGGCACUAUUUGGACGCAGACCAUGAUUUCGGUUCCUUCCAAGCAAAGGAGCUACAGGAUCAUCUUGAGAGGGUGCUAUCAAAUGAGCCUGUUGUUGUAAAGUGCGGUCAUUAUAUUGUAGAAGUGAAACCGCAGGGAGUUAGCAAGGGUCGUGCUGUCAACAAGCUGAUUCACACACUGGUCAACAACGGGAAGGCACCGGAUUUCCUGAUGUGCGUCGGCAAUGACAGAUCUGAUGAGGACAUGUUUGAAUGCAUCAACGGUAUGACCUCCAAUGAUGUCUUAUCACCCACAGUACCGGAGGUGUUUGCCUGUUCAGUUGGUCAAAAGCCCAGCAAGGCGAAGUAUUACGUGGACGACACCAGUGAAGUAAUCAGAUUGCUCAGGAAUGUAACCCGCAUCUCAUCGCAGCGGGAGGACGUCAAUGCCAGCCAUGUGCGUGUGACCUUCAGAGAUGUACUCGAUUACGUGGACUAG